GCUUUUUCAAGUCUCAGUCAGGUUUUUGUUCACUUGCACAGUUGUACAGUUGUACUCUCACUUCAUAUUUUUCCUUUUGCUGUUCCUCAAAUUAUACUUCAAACAACAACACAGAGAAAGCCAAGAUUUUUCUAUGCUCGUGUUUUGUUUUUCUUCUCUUUCUCAACAACCCACGCCUUGAGUGUGACCAUCGUACUCGUUAAUCUGCAUUUACUCCAUUUUUUACCAAGCCAAGAAAAACCUUAUCUGGCCAAAUUAUUAAUUUUCUCUCUUUUUUUUUUUUCCUCCUGUUUGGUUGGAUGUUUUAAUUUUUUAUUUUUUUUCAUUGAUGUUCUUGAUUUUGUGUUGUGGAAUACACGAUUUUUCAGCUGACUUUAAAAAAGAUUGCGUUUUUUGAAAAUUUCAUCAAUUGUAAAGUAGAGUUUUGUCAAUUUGGUGAUGUAUUAUCAGGUGAAAAUAAAUAAAUGAAAUGAAAUAAAAUAAAAAUAAAAUAAUUUAUAUAUUAAUGGCUGAAGGAACUAAGGUGAGGUUAGUACGUUGCCCCAAAUGUGAAAAUCUCCUCCCUGAGCUCCCUGAUUUCUCUCUUUACCAGUGUGGUGGCUGUGGUGCGGUUCUCAAAGCAAAACAUAAAGGAGUCCUGGAAGAUGAACUGCCUGAUAUAUCAGACGAUGGCACGGGCCAAGAAAUUCGAGAAGAAAGCAAUGUAGUUGAAGCUUCCGAGGUUAAAAUGGCAAAUGCAGAAAAUUUCGAGGCCAGCAUAUUACGAGAAGCUCGUAAAGAAGAAGUAACUGGCAACGGUAUUUCCUCAUCGCUUGCCGAAAGUACAGAAGCAAAGUCCGAUUCUGGUCUGAUUAGGAGAGGAAAAGAAAGGAUUAGAAAUCUCGAAAGUAACCGUAACCUGCCCAUCAAUCGCGGCCCAAAUGUGUUCGGUUCUGAAUAUUUCCAUUUUCCUGACGAAUAUGUCAGAGGCCAUCGGCCUCCCAUGGAGCCGUUAAGGCCGAGGCCCGGUUUGAACAAAUGGGCCUGCGAGAGAAGUGACUCUUCACAAAUAAGGUUCGUCGAUUCCCGAUAUUUUGACGAGGGGCAGUCGAGUUACGAGACUGAGCUCAUACGGAAGCUCGACGAGUUGAAAGAUCAGAUCAGCCGUUCGUGCAAUAUUUCGGAUAAGUCGGCCUAUAAUUUCACCGAAAAUUCAAAAAAGCAGCCGCUCAAUAUCCCAAAUGACGUGGGCCCGUCUUAUUUUUCCGACUCUCUCAAGUACAGUUCGUGUCCAUACAAGCCCGAAAUUCUCCGCGGGCCUUCUUACGAGCCCCACUCGCAGUAUGUUCGACCCCACCCUUAUCAUCAUCACAGCCCAAGCUGUUAUUAUGGGGAUGUUAAAAAAAACAAUCUUGAUCACUUCAUGUUAAAUCGUCGUGAGAAGAACUUUCUCCAUCAGCCCGCAUGCUCGUGCAUGCAUUGCUAUGAUAAGAGCUCGAACUUACGCGCAAUAAAGCCUCGAAAAUUGCCGUUCGUGAAUUCUAACAACGUGUAUUUUGAAAAUGAUGGUUUGAAUUUGAACUACCGCCACCCGAGAAAGUUUGUUGCGGGCCAUAAAAGCCCGGUGGCUGGCGGGGCCCCUUUUAUAGGGUGCAGUAAUUGCUUCGAGGUGCUUAAAAUUCCGAGGAGACGCGUUUUGUUGGGUGAAAGCAAACAGAAGUUGAUAUGUGGGGCUUGUUCGUCGAUUAUCGUGUUCGAGCUUGGGGAUAAGGGAGAAUUUAUUGUGUCAGCUUCUUCUGUGCAUGUCGACCAAGUAUCGACUGAGAUGGACGAGUGCUCGAGUGGAACUUUUGACGAGAACGCGCGAUAUUCGAAUGGUGGGUUCAAUAGUGCUGAUCUGAACACCUAUUCUAAUGAAUACGAAAAUUUUCAGGAUCGAUUUUCGCCAGUUGACAAUAAAUCGAGCUUUCUCUUGUCUGAGAAGUUGGUGGAUCAGCUUUCGUCGGCUUCGAGUCUCUCACCCGAUCUUGAUUUGCCUCAAGAUGUUCAGAAUAUGGAAGUCAACUGUUUUGACCAGAGGAACAAAAGUCAAAGGCCCGAGCAGGAGAAGGUUACUCUUGAGCGAAAUGCGUCUCAACAGAAAUCUAACGAGUUUUCGAAUGGCUGUGUUUCUCAUGACUCGGUGAAAAUAGUUAAAGAAGCUGAACCAAAGGCCAAUAAAGGGCGCGACUCAUUUUUUACGGGUCUUAUCAAGAAGAGCUUCAAGGACUUCAAAAAGCCCAACCAAGGCAUGGAAGCUGGAGUUCAACAGGUUUAUGUUAACGGGCAUUUUAUACCCGAACGUGUGGUUAAACGGGCUGAGAAAUCAGCAGGGCCAAUUCAACCAGGAGAAUACUGGUACGAUAAGCGCGCUGGAUUCUGGGGCGUGAUUGGCCAUCCUUGUCUUGGUAUAAUCAUGCCAAAUAUUGAAGAAUUCGAUUAUCCAAUGCCCGAUAACUGUUCUGCUGGGAGCACAGGAGUUUUUGUGAAUGGGCGUGAACUUCAUUCGAAAGAUCUUGAUUUGCUUGCUAGCAGAGGCCUUCCUCUCACUAGAAACAGAUCUUAUCUUGUUGAGAUUAAUGGGACUGUCAUUGACGAGCAAACCGGAGAAGAAUUAGACGGCUUAGGCAAACUUGCUCCCACAGUCGAGAGGGCAAAGCAUGGAUUCGGCAUGAAAGUUCCCAGGUUCAUUGCUCAAUCAAACAAUUAAAUUGCUAGUUAUCUGCUGAAAAAAGAUGGUUAUUUGCUUAUUCAUGGGCCGAAAAUCGAAACCCUCACGAGUGUUUAUUGUGUUCUGUAGUUUGAUGGAAAUGAAUCAUUUGCAAUAGAUUCUGUAAAUUCUGCAUCCCAAUUCAUUUGCACUUCAACGACGAUAUUAUUAAAAAUUUGUCGAAAAACCUGAAACAUGAAUCUGCAUUUGGUUCCUCAUCAGAGUUUUUGUUCAGCUGAUUCGAGUCUUACAAAAUGACCAAAAUAGCCUCAGCCAGCUUAUUGAGAUGGCUCUUGAAUGGGCUUUCCUUUUUCUCUCAGCUUGGCAAUGGAGUCUUUCAUGGCCUCUUUCCUCUUCUUGCUUGCAAGAAGUUUUGCAGUCAAACCGGUCAAAUUCGGGUCUUUUUUCUCCUCCGGCGGAGGUGGUGGCGGCCGCCUGGCGGCAGCCACCGCAUUUCCACCGCCGGAGCUCAAUGCCACAGCUGCACUUGCCAUAACCAAUGCUAGACACCUGCAUUGGACAUGUUUUUCUUGAUAAGAAACAUUAGAGCAAGCCAAGACUUUGAGCAACCUAUGAGAAGGCAAAUGGGUUUUUUUGCUUGAAUAUGUGGAGAUUGAAGGUUUUGCUGUGUGAGGCCUAAUAGGGGCAAAAUGGGCCAUGAAUUUUGUAAAUCAACUAGACAUCUCUCAAGUCUUGAGAGGAAGUGAGAUUUUUUAAGUGAAGAUAGAAAUUGAGAUACAUAGUAAG